GUGGGCGGCGUGGGGAGGCGGCGGCGGUGGCGUCUCAGGCCGGGGCGGGCGAGGGAGGCGCCGCUGCGCUGCGGCUCGCGCCACCGGGCGUUGCGGGCCGUGACGGGCGGGUGACAUGCCCGGGAGCUGAGAGGCUGCGCCUCCCGGUGUUUUGUGGAUUUACUCUUCAGCGAUUACACACUACAGUAAUACCAUUAUGGCGACUUUCCAGCCUUUCAGGAACAGUUACAUAAAGAAUAAAGCAUCUGUCCGAAAAAGCUUCAGCGAAGAUGUGUUCCAGUCUGUCAAGUCUUUAUUACAGAGUGAGAAGGAGCUAUGCAGUGUAUCAGGAGGAGAGUGUUUAAACCAGGAUGAACACUCCCAUUUAACUGAGGUCACAUUUCUGGGCUUUAAUGAAGAAACAGAUGCUGCUCAUAUACAGGAUCUAGCUGCAAUUUCACUGGAACUUCCAGACCUUCUGAAUUCGCUUCAUUUCUGCAGUCUAAGUGAAAAUGAAAUCAUUUGUAUGAAGGAUAUCAGUAAAUCGCCAGAUGUAAGCAAUAGUUCUCUAAAUCAGAGUCAUCAUUCUGGAAUGCUUUGUGUCAUGAGAGUGUCACCUACAUUACCAGGACUCAGAAUUGAUUUUAUCUUUAGUCUCCUAAGUAAAUAUGCUGCUGGUAUAAGACACACCCUGGACACCCACUUGCAUCGGAAGCAUCCCCUUGAGACCACUGAUGAAGAUGAUGAUGAUACGAACCAGUCUGUGUCUUCCAUAGAGGAUGACUUUGUCACUGCUUUUGAGCAGUUGGAGGAGGAGGAGAGUACAAGGCUGUAUAAUGACGAAAUAAAUAUUGCUACAUUAAGGAGCCGGUGUGAUGCUGCCUCUCAGACUACUCAUGGUCACCAUUUAGAAACUCAUGAUUUUAAAGUGCUGGUCAGUUAUGGACUGCAGAAAUCAUCGGCUAAGCCUUCAUCUUCAGUACAUGUUCUGGGAUGCAAAGAAACAUCUUCUGUGAAAACAUCGGUUACAACAUCAGUUUCAGAGCCCUGGACCCAGAGGAGUCUCUACAGGUCACCCAGUGCUUCAGAUAAAGGCAGGGACACACAGGAGAUACUCUUUCCUUCUUCUCCUGCCCACUCCUCAGAGUCUGAGUGCUCAAGCCCAAGUCCUGUAAUUUUUUUGGAUGAAGAGGGAUACCAAAAAAGUUUAAAAGCAAAACUUGAGCUGCCUGAAAUCCCUGUGACAAAAGAUGACGUAGAGGAUUCAGACUCGGAAGUGAGUGAGUUUUUUGAUAGCUUUGAUCAGUUUGAUGAACUAGAACAAACUUUAGAGACUUCUUGUCCAUUUAUGAAAGAUCCUGGCAUAGGGAAGUCAUCGCAGAAGAUAGGGCACAAACAUGAAAAAUCUUGCAUGAAUCCUCAAAAAUUCAAGUUUGAGCGUCCAGCUCUUCCAGCUAAUGUUAGAAAGCCAACUCCACGAAAACCUGAAUCUCCAUAUGGUCACCUGUGUGAUGCUCCAGAUUCCCCUCGUCCAGUGAUGGCGUCAGAAGACAGUGGCUUGUUCAGCCCUAUUCGAGCCUCUGCUUUUAGUCCCCCUGGAAGCUGUACUCCUGCUGAAUGUUUUUGCCAAACAGAUAUUGGUAGAGAUAGGAUUCAUGAAAAUCAGGAUCCUAUUUAUUGCACUUAUGAAGAUUAUGCAAAUAAUCUUUCAUGUGAAGUACUAGGCUCAGUUCUUCAUACUCAGUGUGCAAAUGCAAUGUCAGAUAUUAAUAGUAUUAAAAGGGAAGAAAAGUAUACUGUAGCUUUUAAACAUGGAAAUUCUCAUCAAAAAAGUAAGUGUAAAAAUAAAUCUUCAAUGAUUACAGACAGCGUUCAGAAAUUUGCAGCAGAUCUUGUAGGAAAAAGUUUUGGCAGUGCGUUUAAAGACUUACAGAAAGGAGUUUCUUCGUGUACCAAUGCAUUGUGCCACUUAGCUGUCAAAUUGACAUCAUCUGUUUUUCAGAUGGCAUUUAAUGAACUUAGAAGGCAGUGUGCAUUUUCACUGAAAGAACGAGCCAUCGGUAGCCUGGCUAGUCUUUUGGUGAGUGAAGCCUUAUCAAAUGCCUUGAAAGAUUUACAGUAUGUGAAAAAGCAGAUGUUUACAAACACAGUUGCUAGAUUUGCUGCGGACCUUGCAGAAGAGCUUGUUUUUGAAGGCAUCAUGGAAGUGUGUCAGUUUUCAUGUCCUCCAACACCUGCAUCUCAACACUGUCCGUCCUUUGACUUUGAAGACAAAGUCGUGAAGUCCUAUGCCAAAGAUCUGUCUGAAUCUGUAAUACAAGAAGCAUUCAUAGAGCUGUCACAGACUGAUGUGACCUUCACAACGAAGGCAGCAGCUAAUAUUUCUAUGAGUAAUGUCAAGUAUGUGAGUGCAGAAAGUGUAGUGCCACCUACACAGACCUGCACAUUUUCCUCAUCCUUUAGCAGCCAAGCAAUUAUGAUGACAAAACCAGUGCAGGAGCAUAAGAAGGAGUACACAGUCCAGCAGGCCUUGUUUUGUACUUCGGGAAUUGUCACUUCCAUACCAGUACCCUUGGCAGGCAGUGCCCUUCUCCCCUAUCAUAUCUCAUCGACUUUGUAUCAGUCCAAGGCUCAUCCGUCGUCUGAGCAUAGUAAAACAAAUGGUGGUUCUACCCCAGAGCACAUCACCACAGAGAGCAGGGAAGAGGAAGUGGAUUGUCUCAGCAAUACCCUUCUACCUUCAGUACUCAAUCCAUGUAACCAGAAUGACUUCAAACCAACCAACGGUGAAACUGACAUACAGAGUCCUUCAGAAUUAACUAGGGGACCUGUGAUUAUUAGCAACUUUUCUGCAGCAAUGGUACAUACAAUAGUCAAUGAAACCUUAGAGUCCAUGACAACCUUCAAAGCUACAAAAACUGUUGAUGCACAGGGAGAUUAUUUAACUAAAACAAAGGGAAAAGCCUGUCCUCUUUCCCUUUGUGACCAAGCAGCACCACAGCAGAGCAAAGCUAGCAGUAAGGACAUGUUUGCUGAGCAGUUAUCAAAGUCUAUUAUUAAACAUUCCCUGGAUAAAAGCAAAUCAAUGCUUCCAAAUAUAGAUAACAAAACAGUUAGUAAGGAAUGUGUGCCUGUUCUUGGGGAAGAAUCACAAUUGAUCUUGGAGGAAUCUCCCAAAUUCCUUGACUUUGCAGAUCACUUACCUCACUGUUCACUCUUGGUUGGAAAGCAUUGUGUUCCAGAAUGUAAAGAGUCUGUGGGUUUGGGAUUUUCUUCGGAGACACUGCCACCUUGUCCAAUGAUGACAAGUCAGAAAUCUGACUUGAAAGAACUUGUGAAGGAUAAACCAGUGAAAAGGCAUAAUUUGAAUAAUACUGCACUUGAGCCCUUGUCUUUUGGGCAGGAAAGCUCUUUCCGUCACUCACAUGCUUUAUCAUCUGCAGUGCUUACCUGUGCAGAUGGUUUGCAUGUGGAAGAUAAACAGAAAAUCAGAGACAAAAAUGUAAUACCUGAUACUCCUCCAUCAACUCCUUUAGUACCAUCCCAGACUAGUUCUGAAUGGGACAUCAAAAAGUUAACUAAAAAGCUCAAGGGGGAGUUAGCCAAAGAAUUUGCACCUGCAACACCACCUUCUACACCUCACAACUCCUCUGUUGGUAGUUUGUCAGAGAACGAACAAAAUACUAUAGAAAAGGAAGAGUUCAUGUUGAAACUCAUGCGAUCUCUUUCAGAAGAAGUUGAAAGCAGUGAAGGUGAAGAGCACCCUGAAAUGGAUUUGAAAUCAGAGUACUCGGGGAAGAAAGUUCAGUUUGCAGAAGCAUUAGCUACACACAUCAUUACUCUUGCAACUGAAAUGGCAGCCUCCCAUUUAGAUCAUGAAGUGACUCAAGAAGCCAACGUUCAAAACCCUCACUUAAAUGUGCAGAGUCAAAGAAGUGUGCUGCCUGCUUCUUUAAAUCACUCUGAGGAAAACAUGCAGACAUGCAGCUUUGCAAGCGACAUGGCAGCUGAUGUCAUUGCAGAAGCCGAGAACAUUGCAAAAGCUAGAUGUUGUAUGCUUUUCAGGCAGGAGAGGAACAGUUGUCCUGUUGAUGCUGGCCGAGAUAAAGCAGAAGAGAAGCUGGGUGUGGAGAAUGUCGCACAUCUAAGAGAAGUAGAUCAGUUUGUUCUUUCAUUACCAAGUUGUUCGCCUGGUCUGACAUACAAGUAUCCCAGUUGUGAAAGUGUGACAGAUGAAUAUGCAGGUCAUGUUAUCCAAGUGCUGAGACAGGAAGGUGGCAAUGGUGAGCUAAUCAUGGAUCAGUAUGCCAGUAGACUGGCCUAUCGAUCUGUCAAGUCAGGAGUGCAAGAAGCAGCUAAGACAGAAAAAACGAAGUGCAGUUCAGAAAUGUUCCCUUUGCACAGCCCUUCUGUGAAAAUAAACAAAGAACUGUUGGUGUUCUCAAAUAAAGAGCGUCACCAGGAAGUAGAUAAAAAAAGACAAAGAAAAAGAAGCAGCGGCCAUCUUUGCAAAUACCAACCAUGUGAAAGGACACAGGAUCCAUGUAGAAACGAGCUUUCUGGACUUCACAGUUUUUCAGCCUCUCUUGCUAGCAUCAUAACAAGAGAUGUUAAGAAACAGCUGACAGCAACUACAGUUGAUUUGCCACAGUCCUCAGCAGAUUCCUAUCCUUUUGAAAAAUCUACAUGUAUUGACAGGGGUGAGGAUAUUAUUGAACCAGAAUUUUUGACGUCUCAUCAACCUUUGCAAAACCAUGGAUUCUGCCAGAAUACAGGCAGCUUAAGUGGACAUGGGCAUGGAGAGAAUGCUCAAACUGUAGAACAGUAUGCUAGAAAAGUAGUGGAUGACACUUUAGAGCUAAGUGUAGGACCUGCAGUUUCCCACAUUCCAGAGACUACAUCAGCGGAUAGAAUCACUUAUGCAGAAAAAUUGUCACCACUCAUGAAUGGAGCUUGUAGAUACUGUGACCUUAAGGAACUCCAUGGUUGUGGCAGAAGUCCCUCUCAGCCACUUUUAAAGCAGAGUGCGUGUGUAAAUGCCAAGCCAGGCUCACAUUCAAAACUUAGUAGCAUCCAUCAGAAAUCAAGAAUUUUUCAUCUCGAUGUGCCUCAGAUUCAUGUUAAUCUUGAUAAAAGGGCAGUGCUUGCAGAGAAGAUAGUUGCUGAAGCUAUUGAAAAAGCAGAGAGAGAGCUGAGCAAUACCAGUCUGGCAGCUGAUAGUGGAAUUGGACAAGAUGGCAUUAGCUUUGCUGACAGCCUUACCACAGACAUCAUGACAUCAGCUGUGACAAAUGCUGAGCAUGUUGUUAGCAGUUCAAAAGAAAUAGAAGAUUUUCAGUCAACUGAGUCAUUUGGCAGCCAACAGCUGAAUCUCAGUGUUGGUGAGGACAGUACUGGUAGCUGGUCCAACUUAAGUUUUGAGGAUGACCAUCAGGAUGAAAGCAGCAGUUUUCAUCAUCUCGGUGAAAGCAGUAAUGGUAACAGCAGUAGCUGGAGCAGUCUUGGUUUAGAAGGAGAUUUGUAUGAGGACAAUUUAUCCUUUCCAACAUCAGACAGUGAUGGACCAGAUGAUAGAGAUGACGAUCAGGAGGAUGGUGUGGAAGAUUUGCAGCGGAAUGGAAGGACUCUGCUGAUUACGAACAUUGCCAUGGAGCUGGGAGCAGUAGACCCUCAACUAAGGGUUAUUCUCCAGUGGCUCGUUGCCUCUGAGGCUGGCGUUGCACAACUUUAUUUCCAUGACUCUUCAAAGAAGGAGCUUGUAUUACUUUCAAAACAAUUACAAGAGAAAGGAUGGAGAGUGGGAGAUGUCCUUCAGGCUGUGUUUAAAUACUACGAAGUGCUGGAAAAAACUUCAAGUGAGGAAAGAUGCAAGUCGCUGUUCGAUUGGCUUUUGGAAAAUGCCUAGAACAAUCUCCAGACCAGCAUAUUUGAAUGUUUGUUUUAGGAAGUAAAGAAACGGAUGACUUAUGUUUAGGGUAAAAUUCAAAUACAGAAUAUUAACAUUUUAAUUGAAUUGAGAGGAAAGUAAGCCUUUUAAAUGCUUUCUGUCAUCAUACUGUAUAUGGUUCAUACUUUUGUAAUCUUUGUCAAAAUAUUCUCUUUACUUAUUCUUCUAUACAUGUGUUUGUGUUGCGAUGCUGAGAAAUGUUUGUGAAGGAGGAUCUAACCCUGAGGCUGGGGCAUUGUCUGACAGCAUCUGUUUGCAUCCACAUAGUGCUGCUGCAAACAGGACGGAGGCGUCUGGCCUGGCCCAUGUGAUGGUUUUGUUCCUUUGGAAACAUCUGAUGAUAAGUCAUCUGACAUCAAGAAAGAUAAUUUUGUUGUUUGUUUAUUUCUGAUAUGUUUGUAAUCUUUAUGUACUAUUCUUUCAAAUCAACUUCCACAGUUCAGCUGUUGGUACUUGUAGAUUUCCCCAGAUAUUUAAUUUGUUAGCAUACUCCUUAGUGAUUUAGAAUUCUGUGAACACUAUAAAUGAGUUUCCCUAGCCUUCCAUCAAGUGAUGUUAUUUGUUAAUGCUGCCAAUCAUUCUGGAAUGAAAAAGGAAAGGGGGUGGGGAGAGGUGGUGUGAGAGUGUGUGUGUGCAAUAAUAAACUUUAGCUUUCCCACUAGUUUAUUCUCUUUUACUUUAGUAUUUUCUUAGUUAGAAACCCCACCGUUAACAUUAAAUAAAAUGUCUAGAUAUUUAUUGUGCAGUAAGAAUUUUGUCUUUGAUUUAUUCCACAAAUAAAAAUUCAGGUUGUAAAACACAUUGAAAUUUUAAAAAUUAAUGUGGAAAUACACUCAGAGGAGCCUAAUAAUGAUUUUCAGUGUUGGAUUUUGAAGAAGAAAAAAAAACCCGCACUUCCCUAAGAAUAAUUUUCUUUUAGCACAGUAGAUACCCCUCUCUCAAUAAAAUGGAUCUGACUGUGAUGUUUCCUCAUAUCAUCUUUGGCUCCACAUUCUCUACUGUGGUUUUAGAAACUCCAUGUUGACGUGAGUCUCUGUCUCAGUUGUGUCUACGAUGUGUACAAAUGUCGUACAUAUUUCUUCCCCUAAUGGAUUCUGGAAUCAAGGGUAAAUUUUUUUCUUUUGUGGAUCUGUGGAUGUUGUUCUAUCCCCCCCCCCCCCAGCUCUGACUUUUCUAGAAGCUGCAGUGAAUAGAAGGCAUAGCACCUAUCAGGGCACUUAUAUUAAUUUGCAUUAGUAAUUAUGGCGGAAUAAUGUAUUUUACAGAGAAAGCCUCACGUUUGCUUUAACUCCAGAAACAAUUUAAGUAUUUUGAAACUAUAUUAUAAACUUUAGUUUUUUCUUAAUUUAACAUAGAGACGCAGGGGCCAGCCUUAAACAUACAUUUUUCUAAAGUUUCUUCAAGUAUUUUUCAAUAUGGGGAAAUGCAGGGAUUAUACCCAGGUGUGCUUUCGUGCAGUUGUGGGCUUGUACUAUACUUGUACAAGGAACUAUCACACUGCACUUACCUAAUUUAGGUGUAUAUAUUGGUUAGAUUAACAGGAAAGCUGAGUUGUAAUUUUCUCUGAAGUGGAAAUGACUAUAUAUUGGAUUUCUAAAAUGGAAACUGCUUAGGCUUAUUUAUGUUAAUGGUAUAGUCAUUUGAGGCAAGCUUCCCCUUCUGCUCUGUUUCUUUGGCAUUUUGGUGAAGCUGCAUUAUGCCCAGUGUUCUUGAUGUAAGUGCUACCUAGUGACAGCAGUCAGAAGCAUUGGUUUGAGUGGUAACACUAAUAGUAGGACUCACACCUGGGUCAGUUCUGUGUGCAGGAACACGGAGAAAGUUACAGGUAUUGGCAGGGUGAGCAGAAAUAUGGGUCGAUUCCCUGUAGAAAGUGUUGGCAUGUAGAGUGAGACUGUGGGCCAGGUGCAGUGUAAAGCAAGCUGUUCUGAAGUAUUCUGUGCUUUCCCCAGACUCACUCCAUCUGUUUGUGUUCAGUCCUCGGAGCUCCUCUGCUGAGGUAGCUCCGUCUUACAGAUCUCUUGACAUAUUUAUAUUGGAACAUUGCAUACUGCCAUUAUGUACAUUUUUGCUCCUAAUGAAAUACAUUUCACUGGAAACUUAAAAUUGUGAUGUGCCGUGAGCUGAUUUGCCAAUUUUAAAUGUGUUUUAUGAUAGACAGAAAGAAAGUGAGAGACCUCUGCUGAGGAGCUUCUGGACCUAUCUCACACCAAAUAGUGCAUUUGUUUGUGUCCAUCUUUUCCUAAGUUAAGUUUAAAUGACAUUUGUAUUUUAUGUGUUAUUAAUGUUGAUUUUGAAAAUUAUUUCCUCACUCAUUCAAGAGGAAUGUUUCACAAAAAAACCACAGAAGAAAUUGCAAUAGAGAUGGGCUGGGUCCUUGUGAUGUAAAGCUAACAUUACAACAGCCUUCAGUGAACACAUGUAGUGUCUUUGUACUUUGAGAAAUGCUUCAUUUAUCCCUGAAGAUAUUUAAUGUGAAUUAAUUUAAUUCAUACUACUAUUAUUCUGCUUAGCAAAGGGUUGAUAUUGCUGGUAGGAAGCUCUAUGUGUUAAGUGCACUGUGUAGAAAGUAAUAAUUGACCCCUUUGACAGCUGGCAGCUUUGACAAUGGUGGUGCAUGUUCUCCAUCAUCGGUUCCAGAGCCACGUGACUGCCUGCUGUUUCUCCACAACUCCGAUCACCAGUUUCUAGUCAGUGUAUUAUUUUGUAAUUUUUCAGAGAAGUCUUUACACAGAGUUUAAAUAUGCUGAGUCCGCACAUGGGUAGGGAAAAUGCUUUCUAUUUAAAACCUUGUCUGCCUGUCCCCAGCACACAAGAAGUUGAGAAUGUCUGGGAAUUGGAAGGGUCGUACUCAAGUGAGGAGCGCUUUUCCCAUUUUCAGCACAAGCCCUGUAGGCAUCCCGUGUUUACUGUGUGCCUGCUCUGCACAAGCAGGCACGGUGCUGGUCACGCCUGCCACUUUAUUUAUUUAUUUUGACCAUCUGUACAUUCCUUUCAUGUAGUUAGAGCUGUUCUACAAGUUCUUAUUUCAAUUUGUUGUACAGUUUGAAUACUAUUUAAUGCCAGGUUUAUAUGUUGCUGGAUUCUUGCUGCCUUUGGUUACUUGUGUCUUGUUCAGAGUGAACUACAUUCUUGUUCAGUUACUGAAUAUUUAGUAGAAGUGACUUAGAAUGAUUGUGGCCAUCUAUUUGAGUUUGCUCAAUUAGUGCAUUAAGGUAUUAGAAUGUGUAAUAGUGACUCCUCUUUUGCUCUUGAGUAAUUUAAUCAUCAUUUACCAAAAUAGGAACUUCAAGAUGCACUUAAGUUUUGUUUUAGCAGUGGCUCAGAAACAUUUCAGAAAUGACCUUUGUAAUAAUUUGCAAUUAAUUGUUCUUGUUCAAGCCUGUGAUCUUUCCUCUCCCAGCUAAGAAUUAUUCAAUAAAUUUAAGAACUGUCAA